AUGCAAAUGAUGCCCGGUGAUCCCUUUUCUCAAUCCACUUCAAUUGGAGGGUUUUCUCAAGAACAAAACACAAACCCAAACCCUAACCCUAAACCUAAUCCUGUCCCCAAGAAGAAGAGAAAUCUACCAGGAACACCAGAUCCAGAUGCCGAGGUCAUUGCUCUUUCACCAAAGACCCUCAUGGCAACGAACAGAUUCAUCUGUGAAAUAUGCAACAAAGGGUUUCAGAGAGAUCAAAACCUUCAGCUUCAUCGAAGGGGUCACAACCUUCCAUGGAAGCUACGACAGAGGUCCAACAAAGAGGUGAAGAAGAAGGUUUACAUCUGCCCUGAGAAGACUUGCGUUCACCAUGACCCAUCAAGAGCACUCGGUGACCUCACAGGUAUAAAAAAGCACUUCAGCAGAAAGCACGGUGAGAAGAAGUGGAAGUGUGAGAAGUGCUCUAAGAAAUACGCAGUCCAAUCAGAUUGGAAAGCUCACACCAAAACCUGUGGCACUAGAGAAUACAAGUGUGACUGUGGCACCCUCUUCUCCAGGAAGGACAGCUUUAUAACUCAUAGAGCAUUCUGUGAUGCCUUGGCUGAAGAGAGUGCGAGACUCACCUCAGUUGCUACAACAAAUCUAAAUUUCAAGAACGAAGAGGGUAUUACUACUAGUGUGAUGAACAACAACUCAUCACAGGGUGGUUUGGGGCAUGGACUACAAAAUGUAGCUGGCAAUGGAAUUCACCAAUUUGGUCCACAUGGGUCGUUUAGUCUAGAUUUUAAUGGAAUGGGUGCAGAGCAGCAAAUUAGGCCAAGCUUAUCACUAUGGUUGAACCAGGGGAACCCUGGUGUGGGACCAAAUUCUGGGAUUUAUGGUUCAUCAUGCUCUUCAUCAGGUUUGCCUGAGAUUGUGCAAAUGGGUCAUCAGGUUAAUAAUUCCUUGAUUGGCUCUUCUUCAAUAUUGUCUACUUUUGGAGUGCCUGCUACAAAUUCAACAAGUUCAAAUCUUUCACUGUCUUCACUACCUAUUGGGAAAAGGGGAGAAGGUGGAAAUGUAGACUUGGCAUGUGUUUAUUCUGAGGGUCAAAACAAGCAAUCAAGGCCAGCUCCUCCAAUGUCUGCCACUGCACUUCUUCAAAAAGCAGCUCAGAUGGGUUCCACCAGAAGCACCAACCCUUCCAUUUUUAGUGGUAGUUUUGGAGUAAUCACUUCACCUUCCUCCCAAACUACCACUCUCAAUAGUAAUAGUAAUACCAAUAAUAAUAGUAAUAGUAAUAAUAAUAAUAAUAAUAAUAAUAAUGCCUUUCAGAGUAUGAAGCAACCUGAGAAUUUUACUUCGACAACUAGCAAUGCAGCCAUGAUGGGAAGUCCUACUAAUUUUGGCUCAUUGACGCAUUCGUCAAACAGUUUUGAUCAACUUGUGAUGCAAACCAAUGGGCAACAAAGUGAGCCAGUGAAAUUGAAGCUCCAUUCAAACGCUGUGGAACAUAGUUUGACAAGAGAUUUUCUUGGCGUGAGUGGUGGAGGAGGAGGAGCUGGCCAUCAAUUCCUUCCCCAUGAGCUUGCAAAGUUUGCUUCUAUAGGCUCAUCAAUGGGGUUAACCCAGUUCACAGGCAACCAGUGAAGUCGUUUUGAGCCAACCCUUUCAUGUGAUGUGUUAUGAAUCUUUGUAAAAUAACAUCAAACUUGAAUCUUCAUCAAGCUUUUGGUUCGUGUUGGGACCCACUGCAUGUCGGAGAUAACUGAAAGAAAUAGCGAACACCAAGUCAUGCAUGUUCUCCUCAUUGUUGUUGUUGUUGUUGUUGUUUUAUCUUCUGUCUUAACCUUCUUGUUGUUUUUGGCUUCUCAUCUUCUUUGAGAGAAGGGAA